CCGCCGCCGCACGAAACCUGUCAAAGUUUGCAGAAUUGUUUUAGUUUGUUGUUUUUGUUGCGCUUUUGUCUCGUUUUGCUCGCAUUUGUUUUCCGGUCGAGCGGAGUAGCAGCAGACAGAAGCAAAUCAGCAGCAGCAACAUGAAUAUCGCAGUGGCUUCGCGUUUCGCCUGCCUGAAAAUCGAAGAUGACGAAGGACAAUCCAAUAGGAAACAGCAACCGGCGGCGGACGGUGGAAAGAAAAAAGUUGCGGAGAGCGGAAGGAAAGGCGUCGGUGGUGGCAACGGAAAAAAACCGGCCCAGAAGAUGAGCAGCAACCCGAAGAGGGCUAAAAAGGUGCAGGAGCAGAUGGAGAAGCAGUGGGAGGAGUGGAAGGAAAAGGACGACAAACUUGUGAUCGGCAAUUACGAGCAGGAUCUGGAGAGCGCCCUAUUGCUAUCCAAGAUCCAUUUCGAGGAGAACAAGGACAAGUAUGUGUCCAAGCAGUCGGGCAAGAGGCACGAGAAAAAGAAGAAGACCAAAACGAUGAGUCUGGAUGAAUUCCUUGCCAAGGAUGCACAGCGCACAGAUGCUGACUGCAACAAAGAGGUGAUUGAGAAUGAGAAUUUCUUUGAGCAGCUUCACACGGAGACCAAAAAGUUAUGCAAGAAGGACGAGGUCAGUCAGCUGAGGAAGGAUCGCGAGAACACGAUCGAAGAGUUAAUCAGCAGCUCUCAGUAUAGUGAGAAAUUGGAGGUUGAGCGGAAACGCAACAAGGACAUGGAGGAGGAAUUGCAGAAGGCCAGGGAGGAAAUCUCGAACGUGAAGAGUCGUAAUCAGACGCUGUGCACGAUGCUCUCGACCGGAGAAAUGAAGGAUAAGGCUGACGUGCUCCUCGAGUUGGAGCGUUUGAGCAUCAUCAAGAACGAUUUGACGGACGAGGUGGCACGUCUGCACGGAUUGCUGGAGCAGGAACGUUCGAAGGUGGCCUCGCUCACGGCCGCAUCCCUAGAGAGCAUCAACUACAACAGCAAUAAACAGCACAAAGAAAACAAGAAACCCGCCAAGAAAAGUGCACGUUCAUGAAUCAAUCAAAAACCACCCGAAUGCUCUCUAAAAACUCUAAUCUCGAUUCAUCAUCAUCAUCAUCCCCAUGACUCUAGUUUUAAUUAUUUAUUGUUGUUUUUGACUUGAUUUUCUUUGUUUUUUCUCUCCCUUUUCUAUCUAUGAAAAUCACUUGGUAGUAUAUAGUCCAUAGUUGUUACUCUCAUAUUUACGAAGAUAGAUUUAUACAUAUGAAUGUACAUACGUAUUAUUAAGUAUAGCCUAACAAAAAAAAAA